AUGGAGGACUAUGGACGUGGAGGCCGUGGUCGCGGCCGGGGUGACCGUGGUCGCGGCGACGGCGGUCGUGGCCGAGGCGGUGUCGGCGGAUUCAGAGGAGAUCGCGGCGGUGGUGGUGGAUUCAGAGGAGACCGCGGCGGCGGCGGCGACGGCUUCCGGGGAGAUCGUGGCGGAGGCUUCCGAGGUGGCCAAGGCGGCGGUGGUGGUUACAGAGGCGAUCGCGGAGGCAGAGGCGGUGGUUUUGACCGUGGUGGUCGAGGUGGCGGCCGAGGUGGCCGCGGUGGUCGCCCUCCACCAUUUGACGGCGAGGGAUCUUUCUACGGUCAAAACACUCCCUCAAUUCCUCAACCCGACAGCGGUAUCACUGAGCUCGAAAAUCAGAUCAUCAGGUCCCACCAGGCGAAGGACACCAGCCUCGUCAAGAAGAUGAGCAACAUGAAGAUGACCGAGGCUAACGCAGCCGCUCUCAUGCCCCGUCGUCCUGCUUACGGCACUUUGGGCAACAAGGUUCUUCUUUGGGCCAACUACUUCCGCUUGACCGUCAACCCUACCGUCAUCUAUCGAUACAACCUCGAGGUUCGUAAGGGCGAAUCGAAAGAGAAAGAGCCCGCCAGCGCCGACAAGGUCAAAGGCAAGGCCAAAGAGAAGGUCCGGGAUGGUGGUGGUGACGGUUCCCCUGCAACGAUUCCCGCUCGCAAGCUGAAGAUCAUCCUGCAAAAUGCUCUCGAGGAACUUCGGAAACUCGAACCUGGCGCCAUUGUCGCUACCGAGUUCAAGAGUCAGCUCGUCUCGCUCAAGAAGCUUAAGUUGGCGAUCAACCCGAUUCAUGUUGUCUUCAAGAAGGAGAGCUCCAAUCGACAGGAGACAUAUUCCGUCAAGAUCGUUGGUGAGACGGAAGCUCCUUUGGCUGACAUGAAGGAGUAUUUGAAGACAAUGAUCGAUAAGAGCGACCCGGACGAAGUCAACUUUCCCAGGUUCGCGACGUCUGUGGACGCCCUUGGCGUUAUUCUGGGUUACACUCCACGGGCUAGUGAACAGGUCACUGCUAUUGGCAAGGGUCGUUUCUUCCCGUGGGGUCCCGGAGCAGCCAGCGCUCAGCUUGGUUAUAACGACCCCCUCACCGCCAUUCGGGGUUACUUCCAGAGUGUCAAGCUCGGCACCGGAAGAUUGCUUCUGAACGUCAACGUCACCCACGGUGUUUUCAAGACCCCGGUCAACGUCCGUGAGCUUUGCCACUGGUUCAAUGUCAUCAACGUCUUUGGUGACGGCAAUCCAGCCAGAGCCAAGGCUGCUCGAAUGCGCCUCCGUACUCUGUCUAAGUUUCUGGCUCGCACUCGCGUCGCGGUCAAGUUCCGAGACUCUAACAACAAGGAGAUCACGGGCAAGAAGACUAUUCUUGGCCUUGCAGACAGGUUUGAGGUUUCCCAGACAGUCUUGGGCAGGGAUGUCUUGUUCCGCCCGGAUUUCAAUCACGGCGGCCCCCAGGAGGUCAAGUUCAACUUGCAGCCGCCCGAAGGAAAGGACAAAGUAAUGAACAACAAGGAGCCCGGCUUCUACACCGUUGAACAAUACUGGACAUGGAAAUAUGGCACGGCGCCCGAUAAGACGAUGCCUCUUGUCAACCUCGGAACGCGCGACAAGCCCAUGUUCUUCCCUGCCGAGCAAUGCACCAUCAUGCCUGGCCAAGCUGUUCGUUCAAAGCUCACUGGCGAGGAGACCACGGCGAUGCUCGACUUUGCUUGCCGCUCUCCCUUUGCCAACGCCGUUUCCCUGACUUUUGAAAGCUGUUCGGCAUUGGGCUUUGACGACAAGCUUCUCGACGACUUCGGCCUUAAGGUAGACAAGAAGCUCCUUACAGUCAACGGCCGCGAGCUGAUCCCGCCUCCCGUGUCCUACAAAAAUAAAGACGUUACCGCUCGAGCAGGCUCUUGGAACAUGAACGGCGUCAAGGUCGCGAAGUCUGGACGCAGGAUUGAGGCUUGGACGUGGGUGCGCAUCCUGGACGGUAGUCGGCAGCAUCAAACCCCCGAAGUGGCGGCCAUUGUUGGAAACUUUGCUCGUUUCCUCGAAACUAGCGGAAUUCCAAUCAACCAGCAAACCGCCUACGGACAACAGCGAGAAAUUAACGUCAGCCAAGGCAAUUACGAUGCGCCUAUUGACAAUUACUUCAACAAGCUGAAGCAGCAUCUCAAGGGCAACACGAUGAACUUCUUCCUGCUCGUUGUUCUUCCGCGACAAGACACUGCACUCUACGGCAUCAUCAAGAAGCUUGCGGACACACAAUACGGCAUCCACACGAUCUGUGUGGUGGAGAAAACCUUCAUGAAGGAUAGUCCACAGACUUACGCCAACGUCGGACUUAAGUGGAACUUGAAGAACGGAGGCGUCAACCACAUCAUCAAGAACCCUAUCGACAUCAUCAAAGCCGGCACUACCAUGGUAGUUGGUUACGAUGUGACCCAUCCCACGAACAUGCCAAACGACAAAAAUGCCGCGCCCAGUCUGGUUGGAUUGGUGGCGAGUAUCGACAAAGACAUGGGACAGUGGCCCGCAGUGUCGUGGGAGCAGAGUAGUCGCCAAGAGAUGCUGGGUGAUGAACUGACUGGUCAUUUCGAGGAUCGUCUUCGACUUUGGAUGAAGCACAACCAGAAUAAGCUGCCGGAGUACAUCAUCAUCUACCGAGACGGUGUUUCUGAGGGACAGUUCACGCAGGUUCUCGAUGUCGAGCUGCCCAUGAUCCGUAAGGCGUGCUCCAAGCUAUAUCAAGCCGGCCGCAAGCCCAAGAUGUCGAUCAUUGUGUCUGUCAAGCGUCACCAGACUCGAUUCUAUCCGACCUCGGAGCAGACGAUGGAUCCGAAGUCGCGCAACAUCCGCAGCGGCACUGUGGUUGACCGCGGCGUCACGCAGGCUCGUUACUGGGACUUCUUCCUCACAGCCCACACGGCUCUGAAGGGGACCGCUCGCCCGGCGCACUACACGGUGCUCUUGGACGAGGUCUUCCGUGACAAGUACGGUGUUGGUGACGCGGCUGCGAACAACUUAGAGAAGCUCACGCACGACCUGUGCUACUUGUUCGGCCGAGCUACCAAGGCCGUCAGUAUCUGCCCGCCCGCAUACUACGCGGACAUCGUGUGCGAACGAGCCCGCGUGCACCGUCCUGAGCACUUCGAUGUCUCGGACACAGCAUCAAGCAUCAGUGGUGCUUCCGGCCUGACCACAGCCAGACGAGUGCAUGAAAACUUGAAAAACACAAUGUACUAUAUCUAG